AUGGGGGAGAAGCAUUCAGGAAGGAUGCAGCGCCUCCACCAGCGCCUCCACGGAGCAGCUGAGUCCUUCAGGACCAGGUGGAAGUUCUGGCACUUGGGGCUCUGCAAGGCUCUUGCCCCCCUGAAGGCUGCCUGGGAUGACUUCUCCCAGCCUGUCCCAGCCAGCUGUGGCCAGCUGCUGACCCAGAUGAUCCUGUGUGGCUCUUUGGCUGCUAUUGCUGCAGGUCUGACCCAUCACUGGCUGGUGUCCUUGCUGCUUUAUCCUCUGGGGUCCUCAGCCAUGGUGGCCACUGUCUGUGGCCUCCUGGUCUUCCUGGGCCUGGGCCUGAUGCCCCCACUCCGCUGCCUGUUUGCACUCAGCGUGCCCACCCUGGGCACAGAGCAGGGCCGCCGGCUGCUCCUAUCCUAUAGUGCUGCCACUCUGGCCAUCGCUGUGCUACCAAACAUCCUGGCCAACGUGGGCGCAGCUGGGCAGGUUCUAAGGUGUGUCACAGAGGGCUCCCUGGAGAGUCUGCUCAAUACCACUCACCAACUGCACGAGGCAUCCAAGGCUGUGGGCCCCACAAGCCAAGCGGGCAGCCGGGGCCUGACAUUUGAGGACCAGGGCAAUGGCUCUGCCUUCUGGCUCCACAUGCUGGGGCUCACUCAGCAGAUCCUGGAGGAUUUCUCUGGCCUGGAGUCUCUGGCCCGGGCAGCAGCGCUGGGGAUGCAGCGGGUGGUCACAGGGCUAUUUAUGCUAGGCCUCCUGGGGGAGUCGGCCUGGUACCUCCAUCACUACCUGACUGACCUACGGUUCGACAACAUCUACGCUACACGGCAGCUCACUCAGCAGCUGACCCAGGCCCAGGACACACACCUGCUGACUCCUCCACCUGCCUGGCUGCUCCAGGUAGCCCAGCUGAGGCUGUCGCAGGAGGAGGUGCUGAGUUGUCUCCUGAGGCUCGGGUUGCUCACCCUGCUUCUGGUGGCAACGGCUGUGAUGGUGGCCACAGACCACGUGACCUUCCUUCUGGCACAGGCAGCUGUGGACUGGGCUCAGAAGUUGCCCUCUGUGCCCAUCACACUCACGGUCAAGUAUGAUGCGGCAUACACGGUCUUGGGCUUCAUCCCCUUCCUCUUCAACCAGCCGCCCCAGCAGAGCCCCUUCCUCUCUGAGCACCGCUCCUCCAGGUGGGAGCUCCGCCUCAUCGCAGCUCGCUGCCGGCUGCUGCCCGCCCGGCGCCCCCGCACCGCCGCGCCCCUGGCCGCCGGGGCCCUGCAGCUCCUGGCUUGCUCCACCGUGAUCCUGGAGACCUACGCCCGCCGUCUGCGACACGCCAUCGCUGCCUCCUUCUUCACAGCCCAGGAGGCAAGGAGGGUGCGCCACCUGCACGCCCGGCUCCAGAGAAGCUACGACAGGCACCGAGGCCAGCAGGCGCCGCUGCGGGACUCCUUACCGCGCCCGACAUCUGAGGCUGCCCCAAGCCCCCAACCUUGCAAGGGUAGAUGGGCCAAGUUCAUGCCGGACGCCUGGCAGAACGCGGAGCAGCAGGGAGAAGAGUUUUGGAGUUACACAGGCCCAAGUGGUAACCUUGGCCCUUCUGCUCCUCCCCGUGUGACCUGGGGUGGGUCACUUUACGAAUUUUCUGAGCCUCAGUUU